ACACUGUAUACAUAAUAAGUAAAUAAUUUUAAAAGUUUUAAAAAAAAAAAAAAGAAUGUGUACUGCUCUUCCAGAAUCUGAGUUUGAGUGCCAGCAUCCAUUCCAGGCACCCCCACAGCAGCUGUAAUCCAGUUCCUGGGGAUCCAAUGCCUGUGGCCUCUGUAGGCACCUGCACCCUCCAAGAUUAAAAAUAGAAUAAAACAUUUUAAAUGACUGACCAUUCUCUAGCCCUAUAAAAUAUGUCCUACACGAAUUACAUUUCAUGGAUGACGAACAGAAGUGACUUUAUCAAUGUCUCAUGGCUAAAGACUGGUGGUGCCUGGAUCCAAAGCCACAUGGACUUGCUCCAGCUGUCCCUAUGCAGCUGUCUGCUUUGUGCCCACAGGGUUCCUCCUUGGUCUUUAGCUCAGCAGCCUCGAAUCCCGAGCCCAUGACACCCUUGUGGGCAGCUCGUCCCUGGACCAAUCACAGCCGCGCACAUGAGCUGGAGUUCGUUCUGCUGGGCUUUGCACAUGUGCCCUCCCUGCGCCCAAUGCUCGCAGUGCUCUUCCUGGCCGCCUUCCUGCUCACGCUGCUAGGCAACACGCUCAUCGUCCUGCUCACCAGCCUGGACCCAGGCCUGCGAGCGCCCAUGUACUUGUUCCUGCGCCAGCUGGCCCUGGUGGAGAUCUGCUUCUCACUGGACGUGGCGCCCCGUCUGCUGGUGACCCUGCUGCGACCUGGUCGCGGGAUGUACCCCAUAAGCUGUGCCCUGCAGCUGUUCUUCGUGCUGUCCUGUGUCAUAUCUGAGUCCUUGCUCCUCACAGUUAUGGCCUGGGAUCGCUUCCUGGCCAUUUGCAGGCCUCUGCACUAUGGUACCAUCAUGAGCUUGAGGCUGUGCCACCUGCUGGCCACCACCUGCUGGCUCGCAGGAGUCCCUGUGUCGCUGGUCUUCACCAUCUGGCUCUUCAACUUCCCCUUCUGUGGGUCUCAGGGCAUCCGGCACUACCUCUGUGACAUACCACCUCUGCUGAGCCUGGUGUGUGCAGACACCAGAGUCUUCGAGGCCAGUGCGAUCGUGGCCACGAUGUUAAUUAUGAUUGUUCCUGUAUCUCUGAUAGUCACAUCCUAUACCAGGAUUCUGGUUGCUGUCCUUCGGAUGCCGUCAGCCUCUGGGCGCCACAAGGCCCUGUCCACCUGUGCCUCCCACCUCGUCGUGGUAAUUCUGUUUUAUUGCACAACGGGGAUCAUCCACUUGCGCCCCAAGUCCAGCUACUCCCCUGAGAGCAAGCAAGUGGUGUCCCUGUCCUACACCAUGUUGACCCCCAUGCUCAACCCCCUCAUCUACAGCCUGCGGAACAAGGAGGUCAAGGCUGCCUUAGUUCGUGUCUUCAUUCAGAGACGAGGUACCUUUACCCCUUGACCUCUCUAUAUGACUUCAUUUACCCGAUUCCUUGGGGAGCGUUUCUAACUUAGUGGUCUUGAGGACCUCAAUUCACAAGUACGUUAAAUCCAUUCUAAAAGAUUCUAUUGCUGGGAUGCUCCUUCUAGAAUGUGUGGAUGAUGUCACAAUUCCCUAAUGUCCCCUUGAACAAAGUCAAAGUAUUAACUUGCUCCAUGUAUUGAGGAGUUAGCAUUCUGUUUCUCCACUGACGUAGCAGCUGGAUUGGAGUUCAAAAGCAUUGUGAAGGCAUCUUUUCCAUGCAAGUUGAAUUGCCAGCUGAAGCACGGAAAAAACAAAUUUCAGAAAGAAACCAUUAAAUUUUAAUCUCAUAUAAA